AAUCCAGAAUCCCUGGACUCGUCCAUUCAGAGUGCCCUGUCUGCCCUGUUCCCGCCCUUCGAGGCCACAGCGCCCACCGUCCUUAGUCAGCUGUUCAGGACCAUCGAGGAGCGCUACCACGGUGAUGCACUGCACUGCCUGCUGGACUUCCUCAUCCCGUCCAAACGCCUCCUGGAGAUCGUGCAGCAGGCGGCGUGUGUGAGUACACCCACACACACACACGUACAUAGAUGCCCAUACAAACAAAUGCAUAUAUACACACUCACUCACUUUCACUCACUCACUAACUCACUCACACACUCACACACACACACGUACACACACACACAUACGUGCAUAGAUGCCCAUACAAAACAAAUGCAUAUAUACACACUCACUCACUCACUCACUCACUCACUCACUCACUCACUCACUCACUCACUCACUCACUCACUCACUCACUCACUCUCUCACACACACACACACACACCACACACACACCACACCCCACACCCCAUACACACACCUCUCUAUCUCUCUCAGACAGAUAGACACUCACACACACACACACACACAGAGAGAGAGAAUAGAUGAGGCAACUUGACAUCAGUAACAGUAAAACCGCAGAGGUUCACAGCUGAGGUUCUAACUGCAUUACAAAAAAAGAGAUCAACAAAAGGUUUACUUGUCCAUCAGGGGAUAAAUCCAAGCUGUUGUUUAUGCUUCAUUAAUUCUGAAAUCUAUUAUUUUCUGUGGAUGCUAGCCAGACACGCAACUGAGUUGACAUCGCUCAGCAAAGGAUCAUAUUUUAUUGUUUCUCCUCAAAGAGUGUACAAAAGAAAACAGUGUAGAAUCCCAGGCAUUUGUCUUUAUUGGAAGCUCAAGAACAGUCGGGUUUAGGCCAGAAUCAGUUUUCCAUAACCACAGCUCAGUAGUAUACACACAUAAAGCUGAAUUUGAGGUGAAAUGAAUGGUGAAUCUAUCCUUCCCUCAUUGCAUUCCAGUCUGUCAAAUGCAAUUUAAAGUAGACAUAACCCUGAUUUGUUUGGGAUUCUAGUCUACUCACAUGGCACAUGUUACAUAGCUUAAGUGCACCCCUAGUGGGCACCCAAGAUUUUAAAUGGUGGAUCAUUUAGUAUUUUUUCUUCUAGUCCAGCAUUAACACACCUGAUUAAACUAAUCAAGGGUGUUGAUAAUUGGUUGAGAUCAGUUGCGCUGGUGCUGGGCUUGAACAAAAAAGUGCAGUCCUACCGCAGGACUGAUGAUGAAAAAACACUGACCUAAGAGAUCGUAAAUCCAUGCAACUUACCCCCCUCUCCAACCUCUCCCUCCCUCUCCCCAGGCUGCGUACUCGGAUGUGCUUUUCCGUUGUGAGGGCUGGCCCCUGUGCCUCCGCAACAGAACCGUGAUCCAGCUGGCCCCGCUCAACCCUCUUCUGCUCCGCCCCGGAGACUUUUACCUGCAGGUGGAGCCCUUUGGAGAACAGGCAGCCCGCAUCGUCCUCAAAAGUCUCCUGGAGGAGGGCUGCCGUGAGGUGGAGGAGACCCCCAUCCCCGAGACCUCUUACCCCUGCAUCUUCACCCUUGACUGGCUGAGGGAGGUGAACGAUGGCCGCCAUGGCACCCCACUGUCCCGCUGCAUGCUUUCCACCGACCAGGGAGUGAUGAAGGUGCCCUGGGUACAAGUGGCUAUUCCAGAGUUUCUGGACAAGCCCAAGACCAUGACUACACCUAGUGUUAUCCGUGACGUUCCGUUUGAGCCGACACCGUUGCAGAUUCCCUCCUCUUCCGACUCUACCUCUUCCGCCCUUUCCCUGGAGACCAUGAUCCUUCCUGCCAGGGACGGGAUCUCUGUGUCCUUGCGACUCAUGGAUGGUACCUCGAAACUAAUCAAGGGGGACCACGAAAAACCCAUUCCCAAAACGCGUGCCAAACCACUAGUCAAGCCUGUGGGCUGGGUGUCGCCCAACACCUGGGACACCAGCCGGAACUACCGCGAGAUCGAAGGUGACUACGUGGAUUUAGUGGAGUUCGCCAAGGAGAAAGAGUCCAUUGCGGGACGCAGUAAGACUCCCAACUCUUCUAAUCCCCCUUUGUUCAAACCAGUCAGGCCCCCUCCACCUGUACCGCUCGGGAACAGCACCCCCUGUGGGCGCACCCUCAGGUUUUCAGAGGAGCCUUGCAAGCCGUGCAGCCAGAGGAGGCUAGGGCAGGAGCCUAGUGGGCAGGAACUAAAAUGCAGGUACAGAGACUCAUACCUAGCAGCACUGCGCAACCCAGUUCCCUUUGAAAGGGGGAGCGUAGGCCUGCUAGCUGCUCUGGAUGAGUCCGGCCCCUGUGAAGUGGAGGAGAUGGGCUUCAGGCGUCACGCCAGAGGUCCAGGUCAGGACACUGGGGAGUGCUGUAACCACUAUAAGGAGCCUAUUGUAGGUCACGAGCCACACCAACAUGGACACUUCGGUAAGGAACCCCCAUUGGUCCUAAAUCACAUACCACACACAUCCAUCGAACCUGCUAUAACUCACAAACCAGGAAAACAUACUAAAGAACCUCAAAUCAUUCAUAAACUGUGCCAAGUGGCACCCCAUCUUCAGACAAACCACAUAGCCCAUCAAACGGGACCUGACUCAAAGGUAGCGUUACCUCCGGCAAUCUCUCACCCGGUCGUGGUUGAUGCCUGCGAGUGUGACUACACCUCCAAGCCAAUUUGGAACCCGGAGGCGGUGAAAACCAUUGGUAAACACAAAGCCAAACCCAGGUCACUCUCCACUGUGUCUGAGAAGGCCAGAGGAAGUCCUCUGGUCCAUAAACUGAACAACAGGAGCCACAGUGACAUCUGCCCAGAGAUGAUUCCCCCCAGUGCCCAGGUGGUGCAGUGUGAGAAAGGCACGGCCUUCGGCCCGAUGUCCCCCAAGCUGGACAGACGGCAGUCUGCCAAGAAAGGUAAUAGUGACUAUCUACAUACCAUAUUAGAACGUCUCUCAUUUGUCAGACGACAUUUCUUCAGUUAUCCGUUUUCAGACGAAACAACUGGCAGUUUCGUCUGACAGAUGAGUGACUUCCUUAUGUGAAUGCCGUAUCUGUGACCACUGUGAUUCCUCUUCCUCCUCCCCUGCUCUCUGGUCUGUUCUCCCAGGCAGAAUGGCUGCAAUCACGUCAUUCCAAAUACCAAGUGAGAAGGACAGAAAUAGCUCUUAUAAGGCUGUACUCUGAGAAGGGGCCAUUAGGCCAGUGUCCAUUGGCUAUGGUAGUAAACAUGACAUUCCUUUAAUGGAGAGAAACAGUUCCUGUUCCCUAAGCCUUCACAAGGGCCCUAACAAGCGCACUCUUUUGGACUGCCAGGAGCUAGGGAGGAAGUAGAGUGCACUGUCCCCAUUUCCUAUUACUCCCUCCCUACACCCUCACAAGGGCACUCAGAGGUCUGGAGACAUGCUUGUCAGAGACUAUUGGACUGGUGAGGGAGAGGGAGCACAGACAAGCCUUUAUUGGCUCUGGAAGAAGUUAGGGUGCUAGAAAUCAAAGCCAGGCUUAACAGCCUCAAAGUGUUUGGCUACAGGGAGAGAGCAUGUCCAAUGCAAGGCUGUGCAUUGCGUAGCUGUGGCGCGUAAGGAUAAGAUUUGCAUGAAAGACAGCCAUUGAGAUUUAUAUCCGAAAAAAUAAAUGCUCCCAGUGCUAAAAGGCCAAAGGUCACUGAACAGGAUAUACAGUGACUACAAUAAAGAAUAGUGUCAGAAUUGCUUUGAAAAUGCCGAUCUAUUGCAUGUCUGAUCUUUUUUGAUUUUGAAACAAUUGGACCAGAAAUACUUUUUAGUAGAGCAUUGUUCUUCAAUCCUGGACAUUGAGAAAUCUGUGUGUGCAGGCUUUUGUUUUAGCCCAGCACUCACAUACAGUAUGUGAUGAUUAGUUUUAGUUGGAUGAGAUGUGUUGGUUCUAGACGAAAACAGAGGUCUGCACAAAGUCUUGAACCACACUGAUUUAGUUGAUUAAAAUGAUGAAGACAUAAAUCAGAGACGCAUAAUAGAGAAGAUGCAAUGCAUGAACGCAAACAUUGUCUGUCUUCCUGGUUAAAUUGACAUUCAUUUGAUCUGUCAUUUAUUUUCAUCACAAGAUCCCCAGCCUGGCAAAGUUGAAAUGCGGACUAUUGCACCCCUCAACGGACCUGACACCAAACCCCAGAUCCCAAUGUCGAAGCCCUCAGCGCCCCCCAUCCAACCCCCCUCCCCCGUAUCCAGAUCUCCUCCAUCUCCCCCCACCCAAGACUCCAUCUUCAGAAGGAUCAGCUGCCUGCUUCAGCUGGACAUCGUUAGCCUACCAGGUACAGUGUUUGUUCUGCAUUGCGUCCAGUGUUACCCAGUGUUGUCCAAUAACACUCGUUUUCAGUUGCAAAGCAUGUUGCUACGGUCUGCCCUUAAGAAUACUACCCUGGUCCACACUUUUCUUCAUCUAACCUCUCCAUGACACCCGCUCUUGUCUCCUCCACCCCCAGGGAGCAGAGACAGAGUUGGCAGGGCCGUGCUGGAGGUCCAUGGGGACAGGCAGGGCUGGACGUCUCCUCUGCUGUCCGCCCAUGAGGUGUGCAAAGUGCUGCUCUACCUCCACUCCAUCCCCAGGUAAUACCAAUCAAUCCCUAAUCAUCUUCGGUGAUAGUUCAAUGGAGUUUACUGUAUUUGAUUUUGUAUAGGGUGUAGGUGAUCAACUAGUCUGGUCUGCCCACCCUUACCUUACUAUAAUAUCCAGUCAUGCAUGUUUUGUGUCCAUUUACUACACAUUGAAAACACAUUGUGUGAGAUGACCUACAAAAUUAAUGACAUGGCAGUGAGUAUUUUACAUUGUUUGGAAAUCAUUUAAGUUACCCUUUCAGCAUUUUCUAAUGCAAGUUGUCAAACAUUCCAGCCAUGGAUUUUUGUUUAUAUUUUUUCACCACAGGGGGGCAGUAGAACAUUACUGUACAUGUCUCAUACACGCAUUAUUGAAUAUUCUAAUAAUGCAUCCUAUUUAUAUAAUGAAGAUGAAUUCGGAGGACAGAAAUUAUUAAAUAUUAAAGCAUUAGACCUAUCACUAAAAGCUUCAGUCAUACAAAAGGUAUACUUAAAUCCGAACUGGUUCUCUAGCAAAUUAGUAAGAUUGUCUCAUCCAAUGUUCAAGAAUGGCCUUUUUCCCUUUAUUCAGAUUAUAACCUCUCAUUUUCAGUUUUUUAGAAAAGGAAAUAAUCUCCCAAAUCUAACUAUUUCUAAAACAAGCCAUAGAAAGUUGGUUGCAAUUUCAUUUGAAUCCUCCUUUUGUAAAACAUCACAGUACAGUUGAAAAAUAUAUGGCAAAUAGAAAUCCUAUAUGGAUGGUGUUAACAGAUAGAUGGGUGGUGUUGAAUGGAGUUGAAGGAUGGGACUAAUAACAACUAACAACAACUAAUAACAAGUUAACUAAUAAUAUAAGCAUACUGUGUCCAUAAUAAGUAUAUAGGUUGUAGGUUGGGAGCUUUUGUGAAAGAACACGGUUAGAAAGAUAUGGCAUAUACAGUGGGGAGAACAAGUAUUUGAUACACUGCCGAUUUUGCAGGUUUCCCUACUUACAAAGCAUGUAGAGGUCUGUAAUUUUUAUCAUAGGUACACUUCAACUGUGAGAGACGGAAUCUAAAACAAAAAUCUAGAAAAUCACAUUGUAUGAUUUUUAAGUAAUUAAUUUGCAUUUUAUUGCAUGACAUAAGUAUUUGAUACAUCAGAAAAGCAGAACUUAAUAUUUGGUACAGAAACCUUUGUUUGCAAUUACAGAGAUCAUGUUUCCUGUAGGUCUUGACCAGGUUUGCACACACUGCAGCAGGGAUUUUGGACCACUCCUCCAUACAGACCUUCUCCAGAUCCUUCAGGUUUCAGGGCUGUCGCUGGGCAAUACAGACUUUCAGCUCCCUCCAAAUAUUUUCUAUUGGGUUCAGGUCUGGAGACUGGCUAGGCCACUCCAGGACCUUGAGAUGCUUCUUACGGAGCCACUCCUUAGUUGGCCUGGCUGUGUGUUUCGGGUCGUUGUCAUGCUGGAAGACCCAGCCACGACUCAUCUUCAAUGCUCUUACUGAGGGAAGGAGAUUGUUGGCCAAGAUCUCGCGAUACAUGGCCCCAUCCAUCCUCCCCUCAAUACGGUGCAGUCGUCCUGUCCCUUUGCAGAAAAGCAUCCCCAAAGAAUGAUGUUUCCACCUCCAUGCUUCAUGGUUGGGAUGGUGUUCUUGGGGUUGUACUCAUCCUUCUUCUUCCUCCAAACACGGCGAGUGGAGUUUAGACCAAAAAGCUCUAUUUAUGUCUCAUCAGACCACAAGACCUUCUCCCAUUCCUCCUCUGGAUCAUCCAGAUGGUCAUUGGCAAACUUCAGACGGGCCUGGACAUGCGCUGGCUUGAGCAGGGGGACCUUGCGUGCGCUGCAGGAUUUUAAUCCAUGACGGCAUAGUGUGUUACUAAUGGUUUUCUUUGAGACUGUGGUCCCAGCUCUCUUCAGGUCAUUGACCAGGUCCUGCCGUGUAGUUCUGGGCUGAUCCCUCACCUUCCUCAUGCUCAUUGAUGCCCCACAAGGUGAGAUCUUGCAUGGAGCCCCAGACCGAGGGUGAUUGACCGUCAUCUUGAACUUCUUCCAUUUUCUAAUAAUUGCGCCGUUGUUGCCUUCUCACCAAGCUACUUGCCUAUUGUCCUGUAGCGCAUUCCAGCCUUGUGCAGGUCUACAAUUUUAUCCCUGAUGUCCUUACACAGCUCUCUGGUCUUGGCCAUUGUGGAGAGGUUGGAGUCUGUUUGAUUGAGUGUGUGGACAUGUGUCUUUUAUACAGGUAAUGAGUUCAAACAGGUGCAGUUAAUACAGGUAAUGAGUGGAGAACAGGAGGGCUUCUUAAAGAAAAACUAACAGAUCUGUGAGAGCCGGAAUUCUUACUGGUUGGUAGGUGAUCAAAUACUUAUGUCAUGCAAUAAAAUGCAAAUUAAUUACUUAAAAAUCAUACAAUGUGAUUUUCUGGAUUUUUGUUUUAGAUUCUGUCUCUCACAGUUGAAGUGUACCUAUGAUAAAAAAUUACAGACAUCUACAUGCAUUGUAAGUAGGAAAUCCUGCAAAAUCGGCAGUAUAUCAAAUACUUGUUCUCCCCACUGUAGAAGCAAACCGGAUGGAUAUCAUGAAAAUGAUCGGAGAGGUUGAGAGCAGAAGUAGUUCAGGAGAAAAAACAAACAAAAUAUAAUUAUUGUAAAAUUGACUGUGUCCAUAAAAUGUAUAUAGUAAGUAUAAGCUGGACGUAGAGGCCUAAGCAUUGUUGUUCACUAGUUUACUCCAAUUAGGGAAAGGGUGGUGGGGUUGAAAAUAAUAAAGGGGAAUAUAUAUAUAUAUAUAUAUAAACAUGGGGGAUUGGAAGUGAUGCAGACAAUUACAUUGAUGGAAGUUACAAUCUAUCUGCAAUAUUAAGCUGAUCUACCCACCCCCCCAAAAAAAAUAACACAAAAAAAUUAAUAUACAAAAAUAAUAAUGCAUCCUUCCUUCCUUCCUUCCUUCCUUCCUUUCUUCCUUCCUUGAAGGAAUCACUGACCUGACAUGGUUUGUGGACUCAGCAUUUACGUUUUAGUAAUUUAGCAGUAGCUCUUAUCCAGAGAGACUUACAGUGCAUUCAUCUUAAGAUAGCUAGGUGAGACAACCACAUAUCACAGUCGUAGCAAGUACAUUUUUCCUCAAUAAAGAAGCUAUCAGCAAAGUCGGUGCUAGUAGUGCAUGUAUUUGUGUUAAUUUUUUUAAGCUUUACCCCCAGCUGACAUGGUCUUGCAGCCGGGACUGUUUAAAAGCCAAAUGUCCUCAUAGUACACAUUUUACAGUCUAAUCUGUUUACACAGCUUUAAUAAUGGACACACUUUGAAGUUGAAGGUGACGGCUGCCUGGUUAAAAUAGAUAGGCCCUUGAAUGUUGUUGCCUUUAUGUCCCUCAUUUAACCCGUUAUGAUGCAUCCCAUCCUGACAAACCACAAUGACAGCCUGUGUAUGUGUGUGAGAGAGCCCCUUUGAAUUGAAUUGAGGGGUGGGGUGGAGGAGACAUCGACACAGGCAGAGGGAGAGGAGAGGUGAAACCACUGAAAUGAUACCUCGAUCAGGUAAAGUGAGAAUGCCAAGAUAGUUUGAACACCUUUUUAAUCUGCCCCAACUCACUUCCCUGUAUUUUCAUAGGAAAGAGGUGCGGGACCUGGGAAUGACAGUGGUGAUCGACACCAGGAAGAAACCUCCUCCCUCCUUCUUCUACAAAGCCCUACUGAUGGUUCAGGUUAGGAAAAUAACAGUAAUUCCUUCACAUUAAGAGUCAACUGUCAAACUAUAAUCCAUCUGCCGAUCUAGAUUCUGAGAUAAAGAGUUGAUAGUGGGGUGUCAUACCAUGAGGUAUCUAGUUACUGGGUGUUAAAGGUCAUGAACAGUCAUGUUUUUCAUGAAAUUGUAUGAUAUAUGAAAGAAACUAGAUUCAAGUAUGAUGACCAAAGUAUGAAAAAUGACAGUUGUUUCUACAUUGAUAAAAUUUGACCAUAAGGUUACUGGUCCCCUACCCCAAAGACAUGUAUUCAUUUUUAAGGGGACAAGGUGACAUCACCUUAACUCUCAUUUUAAUACACCAAUGGUAAAUUGAUAUUAUCUUACCUAAUUGAAAUAAGUACCGCCUUGUAACCAACAUCAGAGAAGGAGUGGUUGCAGAGGGGCGUGGUUUAUAUAGCUAGAUAGCUACUCUACUGGUCCCAAAAUUUGACUGUAGGAUGUAAGCAAACAUAAUUAAAAGGUUACCCUAUUCAUCUACGGCAUCGAUACUUAUAUGCAAUGUUCCCUUUAUUUAUUUUUCGGCACAGAGCUAAUUUCAGGUCUGCUGAGCACAAACUUGAACGUUGUGAAAAUUCUGUGCAACUUCCAGCGCGCGUUUACUGUAAACACUGAGGCGGUAACCACUUUAAGUUACAGUUUUAACAGUGGCCAAGUAGGCUUUUGUAGCUAUUUGAUCAUAAUGUAGGCCUACUGUGACGAGUACUGAGUAGACGAAGAGGCAGGAUGCAGACGCAGGUAUUAACAAGGUAAAGGUUUACUUAACAAUGAGAAAGAGAAUAACAAAGAGCGAGUAAAGGACACAGCGCUAACAAUUACACACAACAAUGAACGAACAGUCCAGGGCUAUAUAGUGGUGGUGAUAAGAUGAUGAGGUGCAAGUGCGCUGGAGGUGAUUAGGGUGCGUUGGGUUUCCAUUCCUGUGUUUGCCGAGGUGGUGCACUCAGACCGGUGACUCAGUAGACCGGCGAAUCAGAGCGCUGGAGAGGAGCAACGUGAGGAAACGUGACCCCCCCCCCCCCCCCCUUCCUGGCCAGGAAGACGACCCCGAAGACGAGGAGCGGGCCAAUGGUGGAAGUCCCGAAUAAGGUUGAGGUCCAGAAUGUCCACUGCCGGAACUCAGCUCCUCUCCUCAGGGCCAAACCCCUCCCAGUCCACCAGGUAACGGAGCCGUCCCCCAUGGAACCUGGAGUCCAGCAGAUCCCUCACAGCAUACGCCAGACUCCCGUCAAUGUCCAGGGUUGGAGGGGGCGUACCCCGGUGGACGGCAUAUGCCAGAGGACCACCGGCCUGAGGAGAGACACAUGAAAAGUAGGUGAGACACCGUAGUGAGGGGGAAGGAGCAGCCAGUACGACACCACAUUAAUCCGUCAGAGAACCUUAAACGGCCCCACAAACCGGGGGCUCAGUUUCUUGCAGGGCAGGCGGAGAGGGAGGUUUCGAGUGGACAGCCAGACGCGAUCACCAGACUGGAAUACGGGAGCCUCCCUGCAGUGGCGGUCAGCUUGGUCCUUCCGUCGACGAAUGGCCCUCUGGAGACAGACAUGGGCGGCGUCCCAAACCUGUCCGGCCCUGCGGAACCACUCGUCGACAGCGGGCGCAUUGGUCUGGCUGGGUGUCCAAGGGGCCAGGGCCGGCUGGUACCACAGGAUGCAUUGGAAGGGAGUGAGCCCCGUGGAGGAGUGAACGAGGGAGUUCUGGACAUUUCUGCCCAGGGAAGAAACCUCGCCCACUCACCCUGCCAGUCCUGACAGUGGCAACGAAGAAACCUCCCCAGCUCCUGGUUCAUGCGUUCCACCUGCCCAUUCGACUGAGGCCUAUACCCAGAAGUGAGGCUGGCCGUGUCCCCGAUCUUCUCCAGGAAAGCUUUCCACACUCGGGAGGUGAAUUGGGGGCCACGGUCCGGGACGAUGUCCUCCGGAAGUCCAUAGUGCCGGAAGACCUGUUGGAACAGGACCUCAGCAACCUGGAGAACAGAAGGAAGAGAUCUACGACCACCAUGACAGUGGUGAAGCCGUCAGAACGUGGGAGGUCGGUGACAAAGUCUAUGGACAGGUGAGACCAAGGUCGAUGAGCCACUGGUAGAGGAACUAGUUUGCCUGCCGGGGCGUUCCGAGGUGUCUUCGUUUGGGCACAUACGGAACAGGAGUUGACAUAGCAAGAGACAUCAGAAGCCAAGAUUGGCCACCAGUAUUAUUGUGCUAGAGAAUGCAGGGUGCAUGUAAUACUGGAGUGCCCUGCCAUAAGGGUGGUGUGCGCCCAGAUCAGCAGGUGGUAACGGACACUGGUGGGAACGAACACGUGCCCCAGAGGUGCGUUGGCGGGUGCUGUGUCCUCCUGAGCCGCCAGGUGGAUGUCUUCGUCCACAUCCCAAACGACACGUGCAACGAUGAGAGAUGGGGGCAGGAUAGGACCCCCCAGAUCCUUCCUCUCUCCGGUAUGUUGCAUCCUGGAGUGUGCGUCGGCUUUCACAUUCUGGAUCCUGGCCUAUAGGAAAUAAUGAAUUGAAAGCGAGUAAGACAUUGGAACCACCUGGCUUGACGAGAGUUCAUGCGUUUCUCUGCCCAUAUGUGCUCCAUAUUCAGGUGGUCAGUAUGAAUCUGGAAUGGAUGGACUGCACCCUCCAACCAUUGUCUCCAUUCCUCCAAAGCGAGGAUCACCGCCAACAGCUCCCUGUCUCCAUCAACAUAGUUCCUCUCUGCGGGGUUAAGCUUUUUAGAGAAAAAGGCAUAGGGAUACGUUUUAUCUGGAUUACCGUGCCGCUGGGAGAGGACCGCACCCACGCCUUCCUCUGAUGCGUCCACCUCCAGGAUGAAAGGACAAGAUGGAUCUGGGUGUUUUAGGAUGGGCGCUGUGGUGAACCUCUCCUUCAGCCUCUUGAAGGCAGCGUCAGCCUCAGGGUUCCAGGCCAGCUUCUGAGGCCCACCCUUAAGGAGAGAGGUGAGUGGAGCCGCUAUGGAGCUGAAGGACCUGAUGAAACGCAGGUAGAAAUUGGCGAAGCCCAGGAAGCUCUGUAGGCCCUUGAUGGUGGUGGGGACUGGCCAUGACCUGACGGUGUCCGUUUUCUCUCUUUCCAUGAACACCCCCUGAGGACUGAUCCUGUAUCCCAGGAAGGAGAUGGCCUGUUGGUGGAAUUCGCAUUUCUCCACCUUCACCAACAGGCUGUGUUCGCGGAGACGGAGUAGGACAGCUCGGAUGUCCCUGACGUGCUCCUCGAACGUAGCCGAGUAGAUCAGGAUAUCUCCGAUGUACACCACCACCUGUUUACUCAGCAUGUCUCGGAAUACGUCAUUGACGAAGGACUGGAACACAGAAGGUGCGUUGGCGAGGCUGUAGGGCAUGACGCAGUAUUCAUAGUGGCCUGAGGUAGUGCUGAAUGCCGUCUUCCACUCAUUUCCUUUCUGGAUUCGGAUCAGGUUGUAGACACUUCUCAGGUCCAACUUGGUAAAGUACCGGGCCCCUUGUAGCUGCUCGACGGAACCAGCGGGAGGUGGUACCGGUACUUGUAGUCAAUGCACGGCCUCAGUCCUCAGUCUUUUUUGGCAACGAAGAAGAAGCUGGCGGAGGCAGGAGAGGUAGAGCGUCUGAUGAACCCCUGUUUCAGGGUCUCUGCCAUAUACUUCUCCAUGGCCUCAGUCUCAGCCAUGGAAAGGGAGUAAAUGCGACUCUUCGGGGGGUGUUGUCCCUCCAGCAGGUCAAUGGCGCAGUCCCAGGGCCUGUGACGAGGGAGCCACCUAGCCUUUGAUGAAGAGAAGACAUUGGAGAGAUCUGCAUACUCACGUGGAAUGUUGGGCUGGAGGGCGGACUCCGGACUCUCCACUGACGUGGAACAACAAACCAUUGGCAGGCAGGUCUUUCGACAUGAGGUGGACCAGGCUGUGAUCCUCUUGGUGAUCCAUUUGAUGGUGGGGUUGUGUAGUCUGAGCCAGGGCAAUCCCAAGACGAUCCAGUGAAGGGGUGACGUGAUGAUGUGGAAUGACAGCUCCUCGUGGUGGUCCGGUAGUGUGGGAAUGGUGAUGGGGAGAGUGACGUGCUUAAUGGUGCUUGAUCCCAGUGGUUUAUUGUCCAGCAAGGUGACGUGUAGCGGAGAAGGCAGUGGCACGGUGGGCAACCCCCAUUCAGAGACCAGUUCCCUAUCUAUAAGGUUCCCCACUGAUCCGGAAUCUAUCAUUGCAGUGGAAAUGGAAGAGAAGGAAUAACCAGUCACCGUUAUGGGAACUAAAAACAAUGUUUUUGUGACAGGAGAUAACGUAACACUCACGGAGCGGCGACGGGAGUCAUACCGCCUAGAUUGGAAGCCGCCAGGAGAUCUGUGGUCCGUGGUGGUGUAGGGGGUGCUGCCCACCUCCAUGGGUGAGGACUCGGAGGCAGGGCGGCUUCCAUAGCUCAGAUGGGGUGAGCGUCGAGGCUCCAGGAGGUGUUGGGAACGCCGUCUGUCUCUCAACAUGUCGUCAAGAUGGAUGAACGUGGCGAUGAGGGUAUCAAGGUCUAUCUCAUCGUAAUGACAUGCGAGUUCCGUCUUGGUGUCCUCCUGUAAGCCUCUCCUGAAGGCUGUGCGCAGAGUACGCUCAUUCCACCCGGAAGACGCCGCCACUGUGCGACAGCUCAGAGCGUACUCGGACGCGGGCCCCUCUCCCUGUUGUAGCUGGAGGAGAUGCUCACCCCCGUCCUUUCCCUCCGUGGGAUGAUCAAACACCGCCCUGAACCGAGCGAGGAAGGUGGAGUAGGGCCGUAGCCCAAUCCAGCGCCUUUCUUUUAAGUAGCGAAAUCACCAGCGCUAACCUGGCUUGGUCAGAUGGAUAUGCCCCAGCAUGACGCGCCAGAUAAAGUGAAACCUGUAGCAGGAAGCCGCUACAUUUAGUAGUUUUACCGUCAUAGCGCUCCGGUAGGGCAAGGGUUCCCCCAGAAAAGGGUGAUGGCAUGGGAACAGGUGGAUUGGGUGCACUCGCCGCUCCCUGAGGUGGAACCGGAACGCUGGGCAGAUUAUGCAGAGUUUGGAGCACUUCCUGCAUGACGGUGUUCAACUGGGCAAGCUGCUGCUGUUGCUGGUCGAUGCACUAGGAAAGUCCUGCUGCAUCUAUUUUUAUGAGUGGUGUGUAAUUCUGUGACGAGUACUGAGUAGACGAAGAGGCAGGACGCAGAUGCAGGAAUUAACAAGGUAAAGGUUUACUUAACAAUGAGAAAGAGAAUAACAAAGCGCGAGUAAAUGACACGAUGCAAACAAUUACACACAAUGAACGAACAGUCCAGGGCUAUAUAGUGGUGGUGAUGAGAUGAUGAGGUGCAGGUGCGCUGGAGGUGAUUAGGGUGCGUUGGGUUUCCAUUCCUGUGUUUGCCGAGGUGGUGCGCCCCGCCUGGGGCUCAGUAGACCGGCGAAUCAGAGCGCCGGAGGGGAGCAACAGGAGGAGACGUGACACCUACCAGAGUGGCCUACCAUCAAAAACACAAAGAAAAUGCAUCCCAUAACAUUUUAACAUGGAAAUAGCUGUUCUAACAUUCAGCCUAUAGUAUCAGCCAAUGUUUGGUGUUCAAUGUAGGUCUACAUUCCAUGAGACUUUUGAAAAAAACAUGCAGGGUUUGACAUUAACCUGUUUAUUCACUUGUCCUUCAGACAAGGACGUGAUUGAAAAUGUUUUGAUUUGUUUGAUGCAAGAAACCACCACUUAACAAAAUAAAAUGCAUUAUUAUUCCCAUACCAUUAUUACAGAGAAUCAGACAAAUUAUGCUAGACUCUGCCUAUUGGCUACUUAGCUAAUUCAAGCCUGUCUCAAGAUACAACACUGCCCCUUUGAGACAAAAAAAAGCUCUUUACUUGAGUCGCUUUUCAAAGAUGUCUAGAAAUGUACACGUUUUGUGCUCUUGUAGGAAGCAAUCACUCCCCUAUUGCUGACUACAAAUGAUCUAUAACUGGGCUAAUAACUCACUAAAUAGCAAAGGAUAUGAACAAAAUGUGCACACGUGGCUACAUGCAGCUCUCACUUUGCUCUCAAAACAAGCGUGUCUAAUCAUGACCGCUCAUGCUGUAAAUACAGUCCAGUUCAAAUUGAAUGGCACAGAUCCAUAUAUGGCAAUGGUCUAUUUGCAUAUAGGCCUACUGCAGCUCUGAUUGGUUAUGCCGCACCGGUCUGUGUAGAGUACGGGUGUGUGUCAAUGCAAUAGAAUCCUACUCCGAUGUGUUCUGCCUACCACAAAAUCUCUUGCAUAGUUAGUUUUGCAUACUAAGUCUUGCAUUGAAAGUGACUAAUAUUGCAUUGAUUCGAUCACAAUUGCCACAGUAAAGGGAAACGUUGGUAGUUUUAACUAACAGGGAAAACUCUAGAAAGUUGAGUGAAGUUCAAUCUCGUGCUUCUCAUGGAGGCUGAUAUUUCUUCUGCACGGCAGUCCCGGGGAGCUGCGUGGCAGUCCCGGAGCUACUGCACUCUCGCACCCAGCUUAGCGGGGAACAUUGCUUAUAUGUUCAUCUGUGUCUGGUUUUAGCUAGUUGCUAGUAGGUCUUCAUUUGUGUCUGGUGUUAGCUAAUUACUGGCUAGCUAGGUCAUUAGCCAGCAUGGAACAAAAGGGGGGGAAGGGUCGUUCAAAACUCUGAUGCAGUUGUCAAGUCAACACAUCCAUCAGUGCUGCUGGGAACCGCAUCACUAGAGACAUGCCAAACGGGAGAUGUAUAAAAUAUAUAUAUAUAAUUGACGCGUUUCAAUGUUUGAUUUGCUUUGUGUAUCACCAAAUUUGCUUGAGAUGAUUUUACUGCAACACUGCUCACUGCAUCCAAGUUACUUGACAUUUGCAUUUCAAAGAGCUGUCAGUCAAUAUAAACUCCCUGCCCACUCAGCCUGUCUUUUCAAUCUUCCUGGUAGUUAGCCAUGCGAGAAAUAGUCAUUUUCAGAAUGACUGUUCAGGACCUUUAAAAUGCUUUAUGGAGGUAUCUAGUUACUGGGUGUUAAAAUGCUAAACAACCAACAUGUCUAUACUGAAGAACAAGAGAUGCAAAAAUGUUUCAAUGGAACCUGCAUUCAUAUUGCAUACAUAAUGAGGAUCUGCAAUGAUGUCUUGUCCUGACAUGUUUCCUUAUUGGUCCAUAGGAACAAGCCCUGCAUACAGUCCACAGUGUGCUGAUGCUAGUGGAUAAAGAUACAAGCCCUCGCCCUGAAAGACACCCUGGACUACAGGUCAAAGGGCAUACACACACACGUACAGUGGCUUGCGAAAGUAUUCACCCCCUUGGCAUUUUUCCUAUUUUGUUGCCUUACAACCUGGAAUGAAACUUGAUUUUUUGUGGAUUUGUAUAAUUUGAUUUACACAACAUGCCUACCACUUUGAAGAGUCAAAAUAUGUUUUAUUGUGAAACAAACAAGAAAUAAGACAUAAAAACAAAAAAACUUGAGCAUGUAUAACUAUUCAUCCCCCCAAAGUCAAUACUUUGUAGAGCCACCUUUUGCAGCAAUUACAGCAGCAAGUUUCUUGGGGUAUGUCUUUAUAAGCUUGGCACAUUUAGCCACUGAGAUUUUUCAAAACAAAACUGCUCCAGCUCCUUCAAGUUGUACCACAGAUUCUCAAUUGGAUUGAGGUCUAGGCUUUGACCAGGCCAUUCCAAGACAUUUAAAUGUUUCCCUCUUAAACGACUCAAGUGUCACUUUAGCAGUAUGCUUAGGGUCAUUGUCCUGCUGGAAAGUGAACCUCCGUCCCAGUCUCAAAUCUCUGGAAGACUGAAACAGGUUUCCCUCAAGAAUUUCCCUGUAUUUAGCGCCAUCCAUCAUUCCUUCAAUUCUGACCAGUUUCCCAGUCCCUGCCGAUGAAAAACAUCCCCACAGCAUGAUGCUGCCACCACCAUGCUUCACUGUGGGGAUGGUGUUCUCGGGGUGAUGAGAGGUGUUGGAUUUGCGCCAGACAUAGCGUUUUCCUUGAUGGCCAAAAAGCUCAAUUUUUGUCUCAUCUGACCAGAGUACCUUCUUCCAUAUGUUUGGGGAGUCUCCCACAUGCCUUCUGGUGAACACCAAACGUGUUGGCUUAUUUUAUUCUUUAAGCAAUGGCUUUUUUCUGGCCACUCUUCCGUAAAGCCCAGUUCUGUGGAGUGUACGGCUUAAAGUGGUCCUAUGGACAGAAACUCCAAUCUCCGCUGUGGAGCUUUGCAGCUCCUUCAGGAUUAUCUUUGGUCUCUGUUGCCUCUCUGAUUAAUGCCCUCCUUGCCUGGUCCAUGAGUUUUGGUGGGCAGGUUUGUUGUGGUGCCAAUUUCUUUCAUUUUUUUAAAUAAUGGAUUUAAUGGUGCUCCGUGGGAUGUUAAAACUUUGUCCCUGACCUGUUUGGAGAGCUCCUUGCUCUUCAUGGUGCCACUUGCUUGGUGGUGCCCCUUACUUAGGGGUGUUGCAGACUCUGGGGCCUUUCAGAACAGGUGUAUAUAUACUGAGAUCAUGUGACAGAUCAUGUGACACUUAGAUUGCACACAUGUGGACUUUAUUUAACUAAUUAUGUGUCUUCUGAAGGUAAUUGUUUGCACCAGAUCUGAUUUAGGGGCUUCAUAGCAAAGGGGGUGAAUACAUAUGCUCGCACCACUUUUCCGUUAUUCAUUUUUUUGCAUUUUUUGAAACAAACAAUUUUUUUCAUUUCACUUCACCAAUUUGGACUAUUUUGUGUAUGUCCAUUACAUGAAAUCCAAAUAAAAAUCAAUUUAAAUUACAGGUUGUAAUGCAACAAAAUAGGAAAAAUGCCAAGGGGGAUGAAUACUUUUGCAAGGCACUGUACACUAAUCUGAAAGCAAUAGGAGGGAUGCGUCCUUUCCUCAUCUUCAAAGGCUGCAAUCUGCGACUAUUGAGACACGUCCACACAGGCCCUCGCUCUGUAAUAUGACUGACCCCUCCCCACGUGCCUCCUGUCAAUCAGAUGGACAUGGUGACCUCUCUGAAGGCCCUGCACAAGCUGGUGGAGGGACAACAGCUGACUUCUGACCUGGGCGGGACCUUCCCCUACAGCCACACUGAUUGGCUGCAGUUUCAUCAGGUGCAGUAGAAUAUUUAUAAAUGGUUUUAGCAUAUGUAAUGGCCUCUUUAAAUAAUUUGUAUGGUCAAGAUUUCUAGAAGUUUACCAAAUAGGCUAUACAAGUGUCAUUAAAUACAUUUUACAUCGUUGUUGACGGAUGUAGGAUCUUAAUUCGAUCACCCUGUUGCAGGAGAGCUUUCCUGCAAUUCAGGAAAUGUAAAACUUGUAGUGUAGUUGUGGUGAAUGAUGGACGGAGUCAGGCGCAGGAGUAAAAUAACCGGAUGCAGAUUUAUUCCUUCCAGACAUACAAUGCGCCUACAACGGCAAUCGAAACAGGUACAGGGGAAACAAUCCUCCCUGACCAAACACAGUCUCAGAAAAUACAAUAAAUGUAAUGACACAGGGGAAAAUCAACCCUGGCAAAAUAAAUGAGAGAGUAUCUCAACCGAGCUACUCUCCUCCCACAUAGAACAAUCACUCACAAAGACAAGGGGGCAGAGGGAACACUUAUACACAGACUAAUUAGGGGAUGAGCACCAGGUGUGUGUGAUUGACAAGACAAGACAAGUGGAGUGAUGAGAAUGGGAGCGGCAGUAGCUAGUAAGCCGGUGACGACGAACGCCGAAACCUGCCCGAACAAGGAGGGGAGGCAGCCUUGGCGGAAGUUGUGACAGUAGUUGAGGUUUAAAAAGGCCUCUGAAGUUUUUUUAUUUCCACUUUGAAAUUUCAGACUUGAAAUGUAAAAAUCAACCCCUAUAUGUGCAUUAAUUAUAAUCCACAUAAUAAUUCACAUUUCCUGUUGCUGCAGGACUAGUCAACAAGGAUCUUCUUGGGAUAGUGUGCGAGGAAUCAGUCUGGGCUUGUUCACAUAGCUGUUGUCAUUGGUAUUCCGAAGCAUAAAUCCCCCCAAUCUAUUGCAUUGGCUUUGUUUUGAGUGUGGAUCUAUAUUAUUCUUGCGUUUCAGAAACUAGUUUCCUUUGUGUCGGACUUGCAAGGGGCAGCCCAUUUACUACAUAGAGCAAUCAAGAAAAUUGAUGGCAAUCCAAAAAUGGACACCGCCCAGGUAUCUACAGUUUCGUUAAAUAACUUAACUAAGUAUCUUCAUUUAUUCUAAGUGUAAUGCAUUAUUUUGUCAGGGCAGAUUUAUUUUUUUGCUUUAGGUUGUUGUUGUUGUUGUUUUUUGUUCAGGAUGUUCAGCUAUGUAUUCAAGAUCAGAAGACCUCAAUGAAAGAGGUACUGCAGGACACCCGAUUGGUUACUUUACAGAGAGAAGGUGGGGCCAUCCUGGCCAGAAUGAGGAGAGAAGAGUUUCGAUUUGCCAAGUCCGAUGACUACAGGUAUUGCUCUUCAUCAAAUUCAUGAUUUGUUGUGGAUAACUGAUGUGUAACACCCAAAAGAAUGGUGAAAGCCCUCCAGGACACUACCCAAGCUAAAACGGGCUUUGUGGCAAGUGACCACUAUCCAUCCAUCUCUAUGGUAUCACCCAUCUAGGUGAUGCCACAACAGCCAUUUUGUGCCAGAACUCCAUAAACCAUCUAUCAUUGUGAAGAGGUGAGGACAAGAGUGAAUGUUUGCUAACAUCCACCUCUCACUACAGUGAUGCUUUGGAGUCAGUGACGGUCCUGUAUAACCAGGUGGAGGAGAGUGUUCAUAUGCUGGUGAUGAGAUCCAACGAGUCACAGCAGCACCUGGACUUCCUGCUCAAACUCAGGGAGGCGGAGACAAAUCUCGACACGGUAGGUCAGGAGGUUGCAACUUUACAGGACAUUCAGAUAGAAGUAGUGUCUUCAGAAAUUAUUCACACCCCUUCACUUUUUCCACAUUUUGUUGUGUUACAGGCUGAAUUUAAAAUGGACAAAAACAAGUUUGUCACCUGCUUACACCUAAUAACCCAUAAUGUCAAAGUGGAAUUAUGUUUUUAGACAUUUUUACAAAUUAAUAAAAAAUGAAAAGCUGAAAUGUCUUGAGUCAAUAAGUAUUCAACCUCUUUGUUAUGGCAAGCCUAAAUAAUUUCAGGAGUAAAAAUGUGCUUAACCAGUCACAUAAUAAGUUGCAUGGACUCUGUGUGCAAUAAUAGUGUUUAACAUGAAUGACUACCUCAUCUCUGAACCCCACACAUACAAUUAUCUGCAAGGUCCCUCAGUAGAGCAGUGGAUUUCAAACACAGAUUCAACCACAAAGACCACGGAAGUUUUCCAAUGCCUCUUGGUGGAUUGGUGGUAAAAUAUAUAUAUAUAUAUAUAUAAGCAGACAUUGAAUAUCCCUUUGAGCAUGGUGAAGUUAUUAAUUACACCUUGGAUGGUGUAUCAAUACACCCAGUCACUACAAAGAUACAGGCGUCUUUCCUAACUCAGUUGCCGAAGAGGAAGGAAACCAAUCAGGGAUUUCACCAUGAGGCCAAUGGUGACUUUAAAACAAUUAGAAUGUAAUGGCCGUGAUAGGAGAAAACUGAGGAUGGAUCAACAUUGCAGUUACUCCACAAUACUAACCUAAUUGACAUAGUGAAAAGAAGGAAGCUUGUACAGAAUGGAAAUAUUCCAAAACAUGCAUUCUGUUUGCAACAAGGCACUAAAGUAAAACUGCAAAAAAAUGUGGCAAAGCAAUUCACUUUUUGUCCUGAAUACAAAGUGUUAUGUUUGGGGCAAAUCACAUACAACACAUUACUGAGUACCACUCUCCAUAUUUCCAAGCAUAGUGGUGGCUGUGUCAUGUUAUGGGUAUGUGUCACGAUCAUUCAUGAACAAGAAGGACCAAGGCGCAGCGUGAUAUGCAUUCGGAGUGGAGCAGCUGACCGGUGCCGGACCAGGCACCGGUGGAACAGGCACGGGCCGUGCCGGACUGGACACACGCACCACUGGCUUGGUGCGGGGAGCAGGCACGGGCCGGACUGGGCUGACGACGCGCACCACUGGCUUGGUGCGGGGAGCAGGAACGGGCCGGACCGGGCUGACAACGCGCACCCCUGGCUUGGUGCGGGGAGCAGGAACGGGCCGUACCGGACUGGCGACACGCACCACUGGCUUGGUGCGUGGAGCAGGCACUGGCCGGACUGGGCUGACGACGCGCACCACUGGCUUGGUGCGGGGAGCAGGAACGGGCCGGGCCGGACUGGGAACACGCACCACUGGCUUGGUGCGGGGAGCAGGAACGGGCCGGGCCGGACUGGGAACACGCACCACUGGCUUGGUGCGGGGAGCAGGAACGGGCCAGGCCGGGCUGGCGACGCGCACCACUGGCUUGGUGCGAGGGGCAGGAGCAGGCCGGACCGGCGACGCACACCACUAGUUUGGUGCGAGGGACAGGAACAGGCCAGACCGGGCUGGCGACGCGCACCACAGGCUUGAUGCGAGGAACAGGAACAGGCCGAACCGUACUGGGAACACGUACCACUGGCUUAGUGCGGGGAGCAGGAACGGGCCGGACCGGACUGGCGACACCCACCACUUGAUUGCUGCCUAACCAGCUCAUCUCGCCGUGCCUCUACACUUUCCUUCUGCUCCCUCUGAACCAAUUGCCCCCCUAAUCUGGUGGCCUCCUCUGCUAACCAGCGGAACCGCCCUAUCUCGGCCUCCUGCUGCCUCGUCGACCACGCCGUGUGCCCCCCCCAAAAAAAUUGUUGGGCUUGUCUCUCCACCGUGAUCAGGGCCUCCAUCCCUCUUGCCAGCCUCUCUCUCUCAUCUCCUCCCAAGUCCAUCCUCUCUCCUCGUCACGCUGCUUGAUCCAGGAUUGGUGGGAUCUUCUGUCACGAUCGUUCAUGAACGAGAAGGACCAAGGCGCAGCGUGAUAUGCAUUCAUAUUUAUUUACGUACUGAACACACGACAAAACAAAAAGUCCAAGGUAGACAAAAUAACAUACUUCACACGGAACAAGAUCCCACACCUAACAGGUGUCAAAAGGCUGCCUAAGUAUGGUCCCCAAUCAGAGACAACGAGUGACAGCUGCCUCUGAUUGGGAACCGCACAUCUGAUUUCACUGCUUGCAUCAGUUACCUGAUAUGGAAUAGACUUCCAUGUAGUCAUGGCUCUAUGUAGUACUCUGCACCUCCCAUAGUCUGUUCUGGACCUGGGGACUGUGAAGAGACCUCUGGUGGCAUGUCUUGUGGGGUAUGCAUGGGUGUCUAGAGCGGCGCACAAUUGGCCCAGCGUUGUCCAGGAUAGGGGAGGGAAUGGCCGGCAGGGAUGUAGCUCAGUUGGUAGAGCAUGGCGUUUGCAACGCCAGGGUUGUGGGUUCGAUUCCCAUGGGGGCCAGUAUAAAAAAUUAUGUAUGCACUCACUAACUGUAAGUCGCUCUGGAUAAGAGCGUCUGCUAAAUGACUAAAAUGUAAAUGUGUCUGAGCUGUGUGCUAGUUGUUUAAACAGACUAACAGCUUUCAACAUGUCAAUACCUCUCACAAAUACAAGAAGUGAUAAAGUCAAUCUCUCCUCCACUUUGAGCUAGGAGAGAUUGACAUGCAUAUUAUUAAUGUUUGCUCUCUGUGUACAUCCAAGGGCCAGCCGUGCUGCUCUGUUCUGUGCCAAUUGCAAUUUUCCUAACUGCCUCUUUGUGGCACCUGACCACACGACUGAACAGCGGUCCAGGUGAAAGAAUAACCUAAGACACAAGGCCAAAUCUACACUGGAGUUGCUAAUGGAUGUUCCUGAGUGGCCGAGUUACAGUUUUGCCUUAAAUCUACUUGAAAAUAUAUGGCAAGACCUGAAAAUGGCUAGCAAUGAUUAACAACCAAUUUGACAGAGCUUGAAGAAUAAUGGGCAAAUGUUGCACAAUCCAGGUGUGGAAAGCUCUUAGAGACUUAACCAGAAAGACUCACAGCUGUAAUCGCUGCCACAGGUGCUUCUACAAAGUAUUGACUCAGGGGUGCGAAUACUUAUGUAAAUUAGAUUUCUGUAUUUUAUUUUCAAUACAUUUGCAAAAUUUCUAAAAACAUAUUUUCACUUUGUCAUUAUGACGUAUUGUGUGUAGAUGUGUGAAAUUAUUAUUAUUUUUCAUCCAUUUUGAAUUCAGGCUGUAACACAACAAGAUAUGGAAUAAGUCAAGGGGUAUGAAUACUUACUGAAGGCACUGUAUAUCGUGUACAACAGCCGUUCUUCUGUGUCACAGAGAAUAGGCAACUACACCUGCCUGCUCUUGCUAAAUCAAGGACACCUAAAAUGAUUGAAAGAAAACAAGUACUAUUUUCACCCAGGUCUGAUUAGUAUGCCUUAUGAUAUAUAUUUCCCUAUCUGAAUGUGGACCUCGUAGGCCAAGACAUGGUUUAAUACAGAAGGAGAACAACAGCUAAAGGACUCCAAGUCAACUGAGGACACCCUGGAGAGUGUGAGCCAAGCCCUUCAGCACUUUGGCUCCUUCCUCACCCAGGCCAAGGUACAGCUGAGCUGGGGUUAGACAGUUUAACCAAGCUUAUGAGGUAUAUUCAAGUCAAUGAUCCAAAAUGGUUGUAAAACUCACAGAGGGCUGAUUCCUUAGUUGAGAUCUAUAGAUGUGACUCACAUUUUUCUGUAGACCCCCUAUUGACAUUAGUGAAGGCUAUACGCAAAAGUCUGGUUUGUGUAGAUAUUUAGGCCUUGUCUCAAGUUAGGAUUGGACUCUUAAGAGGGGAGAAACUGCAUUCAAUACACCCAGAUGAGCCAGGUGAAUAAUUUUUUUCAGAAAAUAAAUUCCAUCUCAUUCUUCACAGAUUUAUGUUUACUUGACCAUAUUAUUUUGAGAUAUCCAUUUCAUCAUUUAUUUCCUCUUACUCCACAGCUGCAAGAAAAAACAGUUGGAGCAUAUUUUCUCAGAACAAAUAACGAAAACCUAUUUUUCACAAUGAAUUAUCAUGCGCUUAUCAGAGCUUACGUAAUGUGAAGAUGGGGAGGAAAAGCAGGAGAGGUGGGAGUUGAAAUCUCUGUUAUUCAUCAUAGGAGAAAAAACAGCAGACCUUGAAACUGAUGAUGGAGGUUGAGAAGAUUCUGGGUCCCACCAACUCUAACACUGAGAUGGAGGUUUUUCAGACCGUGAUGAACACUUUCAAAUCUAAUAUGGCCGACUUUCUGUUGCGAGCGGAGCAAAGGCGUACUGAGCUUGACAACAUGGUGCAUGUCUAUCACUUCUGUGAACAGGUUAGUCAAGCAAUACCCUGGUCCUUUCAAAACCUCCUUUCAAUCUCGUUUUACUAUUUUAUUCCUUCCUUUCAGCCUGGUUCUGGGUCAAUUCCACUGAAAUUCCAGUCAGCAACAGGAUAUGUUUUUCACUUUGAUGGAGGACUGACAGGAAUUAAAAUGGAAUUGAUUCUAACUCUGCAUCAUUUCUCCCACCAUAUUACUUUUACCACCACGGACAGGCCCCCUCUUUCACCCCUAGCCACAACAAUCAUCAAUCCCUCCCAUCAAACUUUUCAGAACCCCAACUUCCCAUCCAAGUAAUACACAACAAAAAACACUUAACUUCUAACACUUCUGAAAUAACACUGUAAAACUAACAGUGCUCUCUGUAUUGUUUCCUCUAGGCUGCUGCCCUAGCCAAGGAAUGCAGGCAAUAUCUUGAGCAGGUAGAGACAGGGUGUUACCCUGCCAAUGCCAAUCUAAGUACACUUAAGACCUACAAUGAGAGAUUGGGUGACUGCUUCUCGGCCCGACACUUCCAGACUGUGAAAGCCAAAGCCUACAGUGCGAGGGGCUCUGGGGGGAAGAGGCUGUGGAAUGCCGCCUGGAUCCAGUGCCAAGAAGUCAGCCAGCGGCUGGGGGAGAGAUUGCAACAGCGGGGCGAUGCAGCUGACAAAGACCAGCCGCAGCCCAACGCCGGCGGAGCUCACUUGAAGAGCAGGGUGUUAGAGACAGGAAAGGAGAGGGAAGAGGAGAAGGAGGAGGAGGUGGUGGCCCCUUGCUCCCUCGCUCUUGCCUCAACCUCCCCUCCAGGGGUGGCCGAUAACUCGGGGAGGUCCUCCCGGGACCAGAUGGAGAGCAGAGACAGCCGUACUAGGGACAGCGCUCACAUCACAUGUUUUAACCUCCCUUUCAAAGCGGACUCGAAAGGGAGCAAAGGAGCCAAAGAAGUGUCCCAGUCACCUAAAUCCCCAGGCAAAGAGGGGAAACUGAUACCAGUGGUGCCUCAAGAUAGAGGAGGUGGACUAGGGAGGCGCCACAGCGAGGCGGACCUCAAGAGGGGGGAUCCGAUUGGCGAGUGUGAGCCAUUUCCAUGGCAACACGGCGCCUUGGGGCGCUCCCUGAGUGAGAGUUCCUGUAUGAGCUCUCUCCUGUCCUCAGAGUGUGGCUCCUCCCCCUUAUCGGCAAGACACUCCCAUAGCCGGCCCUUAGUAGUGGCACUGCUGUCACCCCAAAACCCUUAUGAUAUCUCCCGUAAUGGAAGUUUCUGCUCUGGCCACUCCUGCUGUGAGUCAAAUGGGGACAGAGACGGGGACAGGGAAGGUGGUGACCCCAUACAGGUGUCUUCAGUGUCCUUGACUGACCCUAUUGGUGAUGAGACACAGGAGGACUCGUCAUUAGCCGACACACAAGCUGAAGAAAAUGGCAGCAAUGUCCUGUGAGUGAUGCACCUCCUCCUUCUCAACAGCUAUCAGAUAAACGUUUUCCCAGAAAUUCCCACAAAACCAGCAUAGAUGCGAUAAAGAGGUCAAUGCAAUGCAGACCGUGACGGAUAGAAGAAGGAUACCAGGUUGGCGCAUGUUCAACAAAUCUGCUCCAACAAAGUGCAUAGUCAAAAAAGUAGAUCAUGACGGAUGUAUUGUAACAGGCCCACAAUGUGGUUACUAAAGUCUGAUUUGGGUAUAUGUUCGUAUAAGAUGGUAGCAUAGCUAGCAUAGAGAAAUCGGUGGUGGUAGUCAAAGUCGUUUUUAACUGUAAUGCAGUUCAGUUGAUUGGUGAUGAUGACAUGAACAUGUAUUCGGUUUGACAUCCAUACAAGCAUUAUACUUCUAUUUUUACCUCAACAUAGUGUGAAAUACACAAAUUAACAAUAGCCUAAAUGUAGGGUAAUUUUGCUGGGGGGAUCUUUCCCCCACGUCAUCUUUCCCCCACGCGUUUCCAUGGCAUUUCCAUUGUUUGGUCGAGUUCCAUUGACCUCCUUACCGCAUCUAUGCCAUUAGUCACACAAGCUAUUAUCAGUUUAUUUAUUUUUUAUGUGAAUGAGUUUAUGGGAAAUAUGUCUUAAAUAAACAAAUGAGUGACAAAUUACAUUUACAGCAUGCAGUGUUAGUAUAAAUGCAGCAAAGAGAUAGUUUCUCUUUCGGUCUUUGUUAGAUUUCAGAUUAGGACUAGUUGCCUGCAAUCUUUACAAUAACUACAUUAAGGAAACCGGUCACUGUUUAUUUAGAUAAUCCCCUAUAGAUUAUCUACAGAUGCUCAAACUACCAACAAACUAUCAACUGCAACUCAGUUGAAAUGCAACAGCUUGCUAGGGUUACAGGGAAAUGUUACAAGGUUAGGUUUAUGGUUAAAGUAGGUAGGGUUAGGGUAAGGAUUAAAUUAGAGAAUGCAUUGUCCAAAUUCCUCCUCCUUAAAAUUCCCAAUUUCCUGUUUCCUGUGUGGACAGGAAGUUGCAGAGGAUCAUGGAGGAGCUGUUGUUAACUGAGAGGGAGUAUGUACGAUCUCUAGGCUACGUACGAGAGCACUACUUCCCCGAGCUGGAGAGGCCUGAUGUGCCUCAGGACCUAAGGGGUCAGAGGGGGAACAUUUUCGGCAACCUGGAGAAGCUCCAUGACUUCCACCGCCACCACUUCCUGAAAGAACUGGAGGGCUGCCUACGAGAACCCUUCAGAGUGGGACGCUGCUUCCUACGACAUGUGGGUUCCCAUGGUUACGUACAUUAACCAUGUGAUAACUAAACCUAACCUUAAAGGGAUAUUUCCAUCUUUUGUUCAUAAAUCCACUGUUAAUACAAUCCCCAAAAUGUUGCAUGUCAGCAGUCACAUUUUCAAGAGCGCUUUCAGUACAGAGCAAAAACUGUGAUGAUGCGUUUUAAGUGAUUGAUGGCACCCUUUCAAGGGUAGUGUACCCAUCACUUCACAGAGAAGUUAAAAGGACAGUUAGUAACACUGGUAUAACAGUAUUUAGUAACACUGGUAUAACAGUAUUUAGUAACACUGGUAUAACAGUAUUUAGUAACACUGGUAUAACAGUAUUUAGUAACACUGGUAUAACAGUAUAUUUUAAUCCAACUGUUCUUAAACAAACAAUCAUCAAGUGUUUUACAAUUGGUUUACUUUUUGGGGUGAGAGACGUUUCAGUCUUUUUAUUAUAAGUUAUUUUUUCCUCUGUUUGGCACUCACCAACAAUAAGUGAUGUGGACCGCAUGCCACAAGUCAGGUCAAUUAUAAUAUUGAGAAAUCAACAGGCACAUAGGUUCUACCGCUGUGUAAAAUAGAAUACAAUAAUAAUACUUUAUAUUUUAUUUAUUUGUAUUUUUUAUUGAAUUCUGUGGUUCUCCCCCUAUCCAGAGAGAGAGCUUUGGUCUGUACGCCCUCUUUAGCAAGAACAAACCCCAGUCAGACAGCUUACUCAUCAACCACGGCCAUGACUUUUUCAAGGUGAGGACGUCAAAUAAACUGUCAGAGUACACUGAUAUUACAGUAGAUAAGGCAAUGCUCAUCCUUAUGUGAAGUAUUUGUAGUGGAAGUGCCACCGGAACAAUGGUGUUUGCAACCAAAAAAAAUUGAAAUACCCUUUAUUAACAGUAUAUUAUAACUUGCAUGUCCCAACCGGGUUGUGGUCAAUUCUAUUUCAAUUCGGUCAACAAUCAAAUUCCAAUUGGAAUUUCUGUUUUUACUUUCUGAAUUGAAUGAAUGAUAUGGAAUUAUCUCCAACAAUGUUUUCCUAACAAUCCAGCAAAAACAGCUGCAGCUGGGGGACAAGAUGGACCUGUCUUCUUACCUGCUGAAGCCUGUGCAGCGCAUCAGCAAGUACAGCCUACUGCUGCAGGACAUGGUGAGGGAGUGCGGGCCCAACAGGAGCUGUGAGGAGGCCGAGGUCCAGCACGCCCUGGAAGUCAUCCAGUUCCAGCUGCGGCAUGGCAACAACCUGCUGGCCAUGGACGACAUCCAGGACUGUGAUGUGAGUGAGGAUUGGGGAAGAGAGGAUUGGGGAAGAGGGGAUUGA